GUUUGUCAAAUUCGGUACAGUCUCUCCAACAUAUCUCAAGGAAACACUCUGCUCUGGAUGGCUGUCAAGCACCUUGAUAACGCAUCGUGAUAAGUACUUUGGUAUUUUAAAUGGAAUAGACACUGCAAUUUGGAAUCCUGCUACAGAUGUUUUUUUGCCUGCCAAGUUCAAUGCUCAAAAUCUUGAAGGCAAGAAGAUAUGCAAAUACUAUGUACAAAGGGGACUUGGCUUAGCUCCUAAAAGCAUUGGAGCUGGUAACUAUGUGCCAGAUGAAAUGCUUAAGGUCCCCUUGGUUGUUUGUAUAAGUAGACUGGUUCCUCAAAAGGGUCUUCAUUUGAUUACCCAUGCAAUUAAACGCGUUGAAGAACUUGGUGGGCAGAUGAUUAUCCUUGGAAAUGCUUCAGAUGGCCAAGUUAAGGGAGAAUUCAAACAUCUUGCAGAUUUGCAUUUCUGUGGCUCCAGCAUUCGUAUCCUAUUAAUGUAUAGUGAGGAGCUCUCUCACAUGCUUUAUGCUGCGGCAGACAUAGUAUUAGUUCCUUCCAUAUAUGAGCCAUGUGGACUUUCCCAAAUGCUUGGAAUGCGAUAUGGUGCGGUACCAUUGGUUAGAAAGACUGGUGGCCUUGCAGACACAGUGUUUGACAUGGACGAUCAGUCAAACCAUGAGAUUGCUAAUGGGUUUGUCUUUGAAGGGAUUGAUGAAGGAUCUUUAAAUUGGGCUCUAGACCGUGCAUUUGCUUAUUACAGAGACAAGCCAAAUGAGUGGAAUCGCAUUGUAAAGAAGGUUAUUGAAACCGACAAUAGCUGGCAUAAAACAGCGGGGAAGUAUAUUGAAACUUAUGACUCGGUUAGAGUGAGAUCCUAAGAAUUUCCAGAAAAUAUGUUAGGUGAAGAUGACUCGCAGAUAGUGGGAAGAGUGGCAUCAGAACUGGAUUAGUAUGGAAAGCAUUACUUAUUGAAUGAGUUACAUAACCUUCAGGAAUACAGAAUGUCAUUUAGAAAAAUAAGUAAAUAAAUAAAAGGAGAAUGUUUCUUUCUUUGUAUCUUUUCCAGUUCUGUUAAAAAUAUGACCAUAUGAAGUACAAUUUUUUUUUCCCUCUUUCAAUGAUUGUUAUCAAAUUAAUGAAAGUUCUUGUAAA